UCAGAAAUUGCGGUUGCCAGUUUCCUUAGUUCCUUUGUGUGUUAUGAUAUCCAUUGCUCGUAGUGAUGCGUAAUGAAUGUCGAAACUUGAUUCAGUCCUGGGUUAGGUUUACGUACAAAUGAGAUAGUGUUAGUAAUUGUUGUUUUAUUGUAAAUAUUUGGAGUUAUGGGUGUCACAUUAGUUCAGUAGGACACAUCUGUGGUUGAAUAACAUCCUGGCGUCAAUCACGAAUAACGGAACAUGGGAUCGGAUAGGAAUCCUCUGGUGUUCCUAGACAUCAGUAUUGGAUUAUGUAGAGUGGGACGAGUUGUCAUAGAAUUAUUCAAAGAUGUUGUUCCAAAAACAGCAGAAAACUUCCGAGCCCUGUGUACAGGAGAAAAGGGGGUUGGAAUAUUAGGGAAACCACUGCAUUACAAAGGAAGCCUAUUUCACAGAGCAGUAUCCCAAUUCAUGAUUCAAGGAGGAGACAUUAUUGCACAAGAUGGAACAAGUGGAGAAAGUAUAUAUGGAUUGACAUUUGAAGAUGAAAAUUUUAAAUUGAAGCAUUGUACAGGUUCACUGAGCAUGGUAAAUGCUGGCCCAAACACCAAUAGCUCGCAGUUCUUCAUCACCACAAUCCCAACUGAGCAUUUGGAUGGCACACAUGUUGUAUUCGGUAAAGUGAAGAAAGGACUGGGUGUUGUGGAAGAAGUGAGCAGAGUUACCACUCAUCAGGAUUGUCCUACAGUGAAAUGUUGUAUUGAAGAUUGUGGAGAACUAGGACCUGAUGAUGACUGGGGAUUGGGAGACAACGAUGGAACUGCGGAUGUUUACCCUCUUUAUCCAGUGGAUUGGGAUCCCACUGAGCAGCAACUUCAGAGUCAUGCAUUUGAAACUGUAAUAACUGAAAUAAAGCAGUCAGGAAAUUAUUUCUACAAGGCCAAGGAUUAUGUUCAUGCUGAUCGCAAAUAUAGGAAAGCAUUACGUUACAUAGAAUGGUCUCGAUCAAAACUGGGAGAGAUUAAGAAUGAACCAGUUAGGACAGAGUUUGUGAAGACAGAAUUGAAUUGUCUGUUGAACUUGGCAGCUGUUUCUUUGAAAAGAAGGCUGUACAGUGAUGCUUUAAGGAGUUGUGAGCUGGCCCUGAAAAUCAACAGCAAAUGUGCAAAAGCUAUAUACAGAAGAGGACAGGCAAAGCGAGGGUUGAAUGAUUAUGAUGCUGCACUGAAGGAUCUCAGAAAGGCCCUAUCUUUAUCCAGAAAUGAUGCGAUUAUACGUGGAGAAAUAAGUUCUUUAAAGAAAGUAAUGUUGGAUUACCGUGUAAGAGAAAAACUUAGGUGUGAGAAGAUGUUCAAAUAAUGUGAAAAUGUCAGCCCUGAAGAAGCAUGCUGCAGUUAUUCACAUGUCGCUAUUCCACCUUGUAGAAGUUUGUGUAUGAUAACUCACUGUAAACAAAACACUGCCAAACUACUACAUAUUUAUCAUAGAAAUAAAUCCUAUGGAUUGACCCCCCACCACAUUUUUCUUGA